AUCAAGUCUCCCUCUCCGCUUCGCUGCAGAAUAGAUAGACGUCCCCGUUUUUAAAGCAUUACGGGAAAACAAGGCCCGACAAGGAGGCCUUGGUCGAGAGUUCCCGGCGCAGGAUACCGCUAUAAUGGGCUUUUUUUACGCAAGUGGACUUUACGACAGUUUUCCUGCUUGCGCAUUUUGAUAGAAAAACAACACGUUUGACGCCCGCUAGCUAAACAGUCGCCACUGUCCUAUGGUGUUGGAGCUGCUGAACUGAGACGCUUCUAAGGGGGGACAUACGCCACAAUUCACCGGGAGGUUGCCCGAAAACUGCAAACAUGUCCGGGGCGUCGGUAAAAGUCGCCGUCCGAGUUCGACCCUUCAACUCCAGGGAGACGAGCAAGGAUUCAAAAUGUAUCAUUCAGAUGCAAGGCAACACUACGACUAUUCUCAAUCCCAAAGCCCCAAAAGAACCAGCAAAGACCUUCAGUUUUGAUUAUUCCUACUGGUCCCACACAACGCCGGAAGACCCCUGCUUUGCCGCACAGAACCAAGUGUACAAUGACAUUGGCAAGGAAAUGCUGCAGCACGCCUUUGAGGGUUACAAUGUGUGCAUCUUUGCGUAUGGCCAGACUGGAGCUGGUAAAUCCUACACCAUGAUGGGAAAGCAGGAGGAGGGACAGGAAGGAAUCAUUCCCAUGCUUUGUGAAGAUCUCUUUGAGAAAAUCAAUGAAGACAACAACAAAGAGGCGCUCUCCUACUCUGUUGAGGUUAGUUACAUGGAGAUCUACUGUGAGCGGGUGCGUGAUCUGCUCAACCCCAAGAACAAAGGGAAUCUACGGGUGAGAGAACAUCCUCUUUUAGGCCCCUAUGUGGAGGACCUCUCGAAACUGGCCGUGACCUCCUACACUGACAUCGCUGACCUCAUGGAUGCGGGCAAUAAGGCAAGAACUGUGGCAGCCACCAACAUGAAUGAGACCAGCAGCAGGUCCCAUGCAGUUUUCACUAUUGUCUUUACUCAGAAGAAACACGACAGCGAGACAGACCUUUCCACUGAAAAGGUCAGUAAAAUUAGUCUAGUGGACUUGGCAGGGAGCGAACGAGCAGAUUCCACCGGUGCUACAGGUACCAGGCUAAAGGAAGGCGCAAACAUCAACAAAUCCCUAACCACGUUAGGAAAGGUCAUCUCUGCCCUGGCUGAAGUGGAUAACAGUACCAGCAAGAGCAAGAAGAAGAAGAAGACUGAUUUCAUCCCUUACAGAGACUCUGUCUUGACAUGGCUGCUAAGGGAGAACCUUGGUGGAAACUCCAGAACCGCAAUGGUAGCUGCGCUUAGUCCUGCUGAUAUCAAUUAUGAUGAAACUCUCAGCACACUGCGGUAUGCUGAUCGCGCAAAGAACAUUAAAUGCAAUGCUGUCAUCAAUGAAGAUCCCAACAAUAAACUGGUGCGGGACCUUAAGGAUGAAGUGGCUCGACUGAAGGAGCUGCUGCGUGCACAAGGACUGGGAGACAUCUUGGAUAUUGAUCCUGUGGGGAAUGAUUGCCCAGGAAGUGAAAUCAAAUGUGACAGUUCUCAAAGCAUUACAAUGCCACUGCUCAGUUGUCAAACAGAGGUUCAGAGCUACAGACCAAAAGCCCCUAUCGGUUCCUUGACAGCUUCACCGUCCUCUGGCUCCCUGUGCAACCAGGGGGCUCUGCAGUCGGUCACCAGCAUCCAGGAGCGCAUCAUGUCCACUCCCGGUGGAGAGGAAGCUAUUGAAAGACUCAAGGAGUCUGAAAAGAUAAUUGCUGAGCUCAAUGAAACCUGGGAAGAGAAGCUGCGAAAGACCGAAGCAAUACGCAUGGAGAGGGAGGCCUUGCUUGCAGAAAUGGGUGUGGCAAUACGUGAAGAUGGAGGCACUUUGGGUGUCUUCUCUCCUAAAAAGCUCAGCCAUGAAAGUCCAUUUGAUGAGCAGUUUGAUUGUUGUCCCACCAAGAAGCAAUUCACUGAGAAGCCUUGCGAUCUCUAUACAGACUUUAAUGGGGUCUUCUCCCCAAAGAAGACUCCUCACCUGGUGAACUUGAAUGAGGAUCCUCUCAUGUCAGAGUGUCUGCUCUACUAUAUCAAAGAUGGAGUUACAAGGGUGGGACAGGCUGACGCCGAAAGACGACAGGAUAUUGUUUUAAGUGGCGCUCACAUCAGGGAGGAGCACUGCAUUUUCCACAGCGAGAGAAAUGCCAAUGGGGAUGUUAUCGUCAUGCUUGUGCCCUGUGAAAGAUCAGAGACUUACGUCAACGGCAAGCGUGUUGAAGAUGCGAUCCAACUGCGCUCAGGAAACCGUAUCAUUAUGGGAAAGAACCACGUGUUUCGCUUCAACCACCCCGAGCAAGCCAGGGCGGAAAGGGAGAAAACACCAACGGCUGAGACCCCUGUGGAACCAGUGGACUGGACCUUUGCUCAGAGAGAGCUUUUGGAGAAACAGGGAAUUGACAUGAAGCAAGAAAUGGAAAAAAGGCUCACUGAGAUGGAAAUCCUAUACAAAAAGGAGAAAGAGGAAGCAGACCAACUUCUGGAGCAGCAGAGAUUGGUAUAUGAGAGUAAACUGCAAGAACUUCAAAAACAGGUUGAGACUCGUUCCCUGGUUGCCGAAACACCUGAUGAGGAAGAACUCGAGGAGGAGGAGGAGGAAGAAGAAGUGCCGUGGACUCAGCACGAGUUCGAGUUGGCUCAGUGGGCCUUCAGGAAGUGGAGGUUCCACCAGUUUACGUCACUACGUGACCAACUUUGGGGGAACGCCGUCUAUCUGAAGGAAGCCAACGCCAUCAGUGUGGAAUUAAAGAAAAAAGUCCAGUUCCAGUUUGUCUUGUUGACAGACACAUUGUACUCUCCGCUGCCUCCUGAGCUGCUACCCUCGGAACCUGGGAAGGAACGUGACUCCAGGACUUUCCCUCGCACGGUGGUGGCUGUUGAAGUUCAGGACCUGAAGAAUGGAGCCACACACUACUGGUCCCUUGAUAAACUCAAGCAGCGCCUCGACCAAAUGAGGGAGAUGUAUGACCGUGCAGGAGAAAUGGCUUCCACGCAUCAGGAGGAGUGUGGUGAAGGCACUUUGACUGGAAAUGACCCUUUCUAUGACCGCUUCCAUUGGUUUAAGCUUGUGGGGAGCUCCCCCAUCUUCAACGGUUGCGUUAAUGAGCACCUGGCCGACCGCACGCCCUCGCCUACCUUCUCCACCACCGACUCCGAGAUAACCGAACUGGCCGACGAACGCCAGAGCGAGAUGUCUGACCUGAUUGACGACGAGGCGUUCGUGGACGACACCAGCUCAGACGCCGGCACGGAGGAGGGAUCGGACAUCUUCAGUGACGGCCAGGACCCGUUCUAUGACCGCUCCCCCUGGUUCAUCCUGGUGGGAAGAGCUUUCGUGUACCUGAGCAACCUGCUCUACCCCGUGCCGCUGGUGCACCGUGUUGCCAUAGUAACAGAGAAAGGUGACGUGCGAGGAUUCCUGCGUGUGGGGGUUCAGGCUAUAGCUGCUGACGAGGAGGCCCCAGACUACGGGUCUGGAGUGAGACAGUCUGGUACUGCCAAGAUCUCCUUUGAUGAUGAAUACUUCACAAAAAAUGAUUACCAAUCCACAGUUAUGACUCACUCUGGAUUAUCCCUGGAAGAACUGCGCAUUGUGGAGGGCCAGGGUCAGAGUUCGGAGAUCAACACCCCCUCAGAAGAGCUCAACAGAAUCAAUGACAUGGAGCUCAAGCUGGGUAACAUUCCGGAGACCAAGAUGUCUUGUGAUGACGGUCUACCCGGCCAGUUGGAGAUAGGCAGCACCUUCACCUUCCGUGUGACUGUGCUCCAGACCACCGCCAUCCCUCCAGAGUACGCUGACAUCUUCUGCCAGUUCAAUUUCCUGCAUCGUCACGAUGAAGCUUUUUCCACUGAGCCUUUGAAAAACACCGGCAAAGGCACUCCUCUUGGAUUUUACCAUGUCCAAAAUAUUUCAGUGGAGGUGACUGAGUCUUUUAUUGAGUACAUCAAGACCCAGCCUAUUGUGUUUGAGGUGUUUGGCCAUUACCAACAGCACCCACUGCAUCAACAUGGCCAGGACUUCAUCAGUCCUCCAACACCUUCCAGGAAAUACUAUCCAAUUCCAAUGCCGCUGUCUAAACCUGACCAUACUCGUAAGAUAGAGUUGGUCCGCUACCUGAUGAGUGGCUAUAUGAAUGGCAAAGUGCUGGACACGCUGUCUGAGCACGCCAAUGCCCUUGCCUCAUCUGCUGUGGCCAGCCUGGAUGAUGAGGCUGACCAGCUGUCGCACUUCCCCUUCCUCCCAGUGCCCGAUGACCCCGUGUUCAUUGUGCCCAGGCACCAUGUUCCAGCCACCAAGUUGAACACAAUCACAAAGUCCAACUUGGGCCAAUGUGUCAGCAAAUACGACCUACUCGUCUGGUUUGAGAUCAGCGAACUGGAACCUACUGGAGAGUAUAUUCCAGCCAUAGUAGAUCACAGUGGAGGCCUGCCUUGCCAUGGCACUUACCUGCUGCACCAGGGGAUCCAGCGGAGGAUUACUGUGACCCUCAUCCACGAGAAGGGUAGUGAGCUACACUGGAAGGAUGUUCGCGAGCUGGUCGUGGGUCGUAUAAGGAACAAGGCUGAAGUAGACGACGCCGCUGCUGAUGCCAUCCUGUCUCUCAACAUCAUCUCUGCCAAAAACAUCAAAUCAUCCCACAACUCCAACAGGCUUUCUAUUGAUAAAGAUAUUGAUAGGACCUUCUACCGCUUCGAGGCAGUGUGGGACAGCUCCCUGCACAACUCCCUCCUGCUAAACCGAGUCACUCCUUAUGGAGAGAAGAUCUACAUGACGCUGUCUGCUUAUCUGGAGCUGGAUCAUUGCAUUCAGCCUGCCAUUAUCACCAAAGACAUCUGCAUGGUCUUCUACUCCCGGGACGCAAAGAUCUCCCCUCCCCGUUCCCUCAGGAACCUCUUCGGUAGUGGAUAUUCUAAAACGCCGGACUGUAACCGAGUCACCGGAAUCUAUGAGCUGAGUUUGUGCAAGAUGUCUGACUCUGGAAGUCCAGGCAUGCAACGCAGGAGGAGGAAGGUCUUGGACACAUCUGUGGCGUACGUGCGUGGUGAGGAGAAUCUGGCAGGUUGGAGGCCCAGAGGAGACAGCCUUAUCGUGGAACACCAAUGGGAGCUGGAAAAAAUGGAGCAGCUUCAGGAGGUGGAGAAGACUCGCCACCUCCUCCUGCUAAGAGACAAGCUGGGAGAAACCGCUCUUAUGGGAACGGCUCCGACCACAAAGUCGCUGAGCGAGUUGUUGUCUCCAAGCAUGAGCACGGGCACCUUGUCCACCUCCACCUCCAUCUCCUCGCAGAUCUCCAGCACUACCUUCGAAAGCGCCAUCACGCCCAGUGAGAGCAGCGGCUAUGACUCUGCUGACAUUGAGAGCCUAGUCGAUCGUGAGAAGGAGCUGGCCACCAAGUGCCUCCGCCUCCUGACUCACACCUUCAACAGCGAGUACAACCAGUUGGUGAACAGCAUCAGCGACUGCAAGCUCUCCGACAUCUCUCCGAUCGGACGUGACCUGUCGGUGACCAGCUUCAGCAGCGCCACCCUCACACCUUCCUCCACCUGCCCAUCUCUGUCAGACUCCCGCUGUGGCUCUGUAGAACAGAAGACACCAGAGAACUGCUCCCGUGCGUCCAGCCCUUCCUGCUCGGAUUAUGAAAACUUCCCGAUGGUUCCCACACUGGAGGCGUCCUACCUGGCCCGUGCUGGGAAGAACGAAUUCCUCAACUUGGUGCCUGAUAUUGAAGAAAUGAGGCCAGGAUCUGUCGUGUCCAAGAAGGGUUUCCUGAGCUUCAUGGAGCCCAGGUCCAACUCGUGGGUGAAACACUUUGUGGUCGUGCGGCGGCCUUAUGUCUUCAUCUACAACAGCGACAAGGACCCAGUGGAGCGAGGUGUCCUUAACCUUUCCACAGCGCAGGUGGAAUACAGUGAAGACCAGCAAGCCAUGCUCAAGACACCCAACACGUUUGCUGUGUGCACGAAGCACAGAGGGAUCCUCCUGCAGGCCAACAACGAAAAAGACAUGAACGACUGGCUGUACGCUUUUAACCCUCUGCUUGCGGGAACCAUCAGGUCCAAGCUGGCAAGGAGGCGUAGUGGUCUCAUCAAGAACUGAAGAGGACACCGCAAGCUUCGAUCUUUUUUAAAAAAAAAUAAAUAAAAAAAAACGGGAAAAAAAACGCCUUUGAACAAACCAAGUGUUAACACCUAAUAAUCAUUGUGAUUCUUGGCAGUUUUCUCUUGUAAGUAGACUUGUGGCUUUAAAGUCUCCUUUCCUGCGACUAAACGUUUGACAAAAGACCUCCUCACACCUUCCGACAAGCCGAUUUAGCGCUCCUCCCCUCCCCCCGUAUCGAUCCUCUGUCUUUUGCUUUCUUCACAACAACAUUUUGUUCUGCUUUGCUGUCUUUCACCCCUGCGUCGCUUAACUAGUAGCAUGUCGUAAUAGUCUACUCGUGUGCACGAUUCUGCAGAUAAUGUUUGUCGGGCCACUCAUUUUCCGUUUGCCAAUCAUGUGUAAUAACGUCCCAUCAGUGUUAUUUGUCUCCCGUCUUUUGUUUUGUUUGUUGAAAUAAUUGCCGCAUGAUAAGAGCAGCCGUCCUCAGGAGAACACACAGUUUGCUUACUGAUAACAAGUCAUGAAGGGAACAUAUAUGAUAUUUAAUCGCUCCAAGGAAUGCUUCUGCAAAAUCUUGUCGGUACAAUUGCUGCUAAAGUGAAUAAGAUUUGCUUCAGGUUACUGCCUCUUUCUAACAUAAACACCUAGGCCCCUUCUCCUGUAACUAUCUAGAUAACAUUCAUAACAAACACGGUGUUGAGGUUCACAUCUCAGAGAGAGCCACAAUGUGUAAAUAAACAGCUCUCUCUCUGAGUGAUAACUAACAAUCAUGCAUGGAUAAAAGUGUCAACAAAGAAUAUGGUUUGAUGAAGGAAGAGGAUCUUAUAUCAUGUGCGCACAUUGAUAACUGGUCUGAGGUCAGUGAGCGUUUUGGGCUCAGCCUGCUUUUUAUGUUUGUUUGUUUUUUUAGGUUGCAUCCAUUUAAUGUCACUGUGUCGACGCCACAUGUUAUAUCUAUUCUUCUCACUAUUAUGUUGCUAUUGUUACAAUUACACGUUUCAUAAUUGAACAGGGAAGUUUUAUUGCAAUAUUUGAGUUUUUAACCUAAUUUUGCACAUGUGAACACAAUAUAGCAAGACAAGUACCGAUCUUUUUAUUUUUAUAAAAGCACAUAUCAAAGCUACACUGGAUGGCUGUUACUCAGAAACGUUGAAAGAAGAGAUACUAAGGGACACAAUAUACACAGUUUCUUUAUCCAGGCUAUGGUAGUAUAAAAACAAUUACAAUUAAUUAGUUCUGUGCAACAUAUGCACUUUUGGCGCCCUCUUUUCUAUGUGAAGGGUGCAGAUGGGCGUUAUUUAACUCUGGCCAACCAACCAGUAGUUGCCUGCUGCACAAUGAAUACAUUUGUGUGAAAUGAAGGUCAACAAAGGGACUAAAAUGUGUCGACUUUUCUCAAAAGUAAUCAUUUGUCCCCAGGUCAGCCAACCUGCUGGGUAUGAAAUGUGAUCACUUAGGAGAACAGCUUUUUCUUGCCAGGGCAGGUUUUUUUUUUCACAUGAGUGGCUAAUUUGCAGAGUUCUUGUGUAUUUAUUGUUUGCAAUGUACAUAUUAGUUUGCAGAUCUUUGCACAUAAUAAAAAAAAAAGGUUAAACUAACUUAUAUUUUAAAAAUCUGUGGUUUAGUUGCUCUUUAACCAAAUGAUGGCGUGGCAGUCGAAUGUAUUGUGAAGAUGUGCGUAAAAAACAAGCAAAAGGGGGGUAAAAAAUAAGAAAAAUGGAACCUGUUUUUCCUUGUUGGGGACACUGGGUCGCAUGAUUGCUUCCUUUUUUCAUUAGAAAAGGGAAUAAAGCAAACGUCUGCCUGGGUUUGCAAAUACAUUUACUCACUACUCAUGCUAGCCAGCCAUAAGGUCUUUAUUUGUCUUAUAUCAGGGAAUAUAAUAAUAGGUAGCUAGUGAUAUGAAGAUGACUAACUAUUGUUUGUGCUUCAUCACUUCGACACAUUUCCGUUGAUGCCUUUUUAAACCGAACAAGCUUCCCCUCUUGGCAAUUAUUAUUAUCCCUAUGGAUCACUAAAAGUAAAAAAGGCAACCAUUAACACUGUACAUUGUUUUUUUUUGUUUUCAUACUUAUUUUGUAAAUAUAUGUGUUGUACUGAGCUUGAAUUAAAAAAAAUGUAAAUA